AUGUCUAAUCGUCGAUUCUGUUUUUUGCAACGUUACUUGCAUUUUUCUGAUAAUGCAGCAUUUGACAAAGAAAAUCAUGAAUGCCCAAAAUUAGUUAAAGUUUGGCCAGUUGUAAAACAUCUCAAUAAGAAAUUUAGUGAAACGGUGACACCAGAGCGAGAUAUAACAAUAGAUGAGAGCCUUAUGCUAUUCAAAGGACGACUAGGAUGGAAACAAUUUAUUCCACUCAAAAGAGCUAGAUUUGGAGUAAAAUGUUUUAUGUUGUGCAAAUCCAAUUCUGGUUAUGUCUGGUCAAUAAUAAUAUAUACAGGUAAAGACACAAUUCUGAAACCUGAAUAUUCUAAACUUUGCUUUUCAUCACAAAUUGUCCUGACAAUGAUGGAGCCUUUGCUUCAUAAAGGAUACUAUCUUACAAUAGACAAUUAUUAUUCUUCGCCAGAAUUAGCAGACAAACUAGUUUCAUGUCGAAUGGACACAUACGGCACACUAAACCUCAAGAGAAAAGAAGUCCCAAAAGAAAUGCAGAAAAGAAAAUUGAAAAAAGGAGAGAUUAUAGGUUUUCAGAGAGGAAAAGUUACUGUGAUGAAGUGGAUGGAUAAAAAAAAAGUUUCAUUACUUUCCACAAUUCACAAUACUGAAAUGGAACAAAUUCAAGUCCGCUCUGAUAUGAAAGAAAAACCGAAAAUUGUUAUGGACUAUAAUAAUACUAUGGGAGGAGUAGACCGCAUGGACCAAAAUUUGAAGAGUUUUGAAAUUAUCAAGAAAAGGGGUAAAAAAUGUUACAGAAAGAUUUUUUUCCACAUUUUUGAUAUUGCUAUAUGGAACUCAUAUGUUGUCUACCGUAAAAACGGAGGAAAACGUACGCAACUGGAAUUUAGACUUGAUCUCGUUGACCGUAUAAUUGAAACAUAUCAUUUGGGACAAAAUUUCCGACGUGGACGACCAGGUUCGGAGCCUAAUCCUCUGAGAUUGACAGAGAGACAUUUUUUGGAAAUAAUUGCUCCCACAGAUAAGAAAAUGAGACCUGCAAGACAAUGCGCAGUGUGCUGUUCUAAAAGAAAUGAGAAUGGAAAAAGAAUACGAAAAGAAACAAGGUAUUUCUGCCCUGAUUGCGAUGUAGGACUCUGCAUUACACCAUGCUUCAAAUUAUACCAUACACAAAAAGACUUCUGA